AUUAAACAUGCAAUUAUCGAUGACAGCAUAGUAUCAACAUUAGAGACAACCCAAAAACUGCUACAAAUUUUGUUUUGCUGAAAAAUAAAGAAUAUAUAAUGCGCACCGUGCUUUUGAGCAAAACCGAUGAGCUCUAUUUGGAAAAGUGCGCCCAGGAGCACAGUUUCUCCUAUGGCAUCAUCGUUGGUCACCAAGCGGAUAUAACCAAAAGCAUCGUUGUUCACUUGGCCCGCAACAACGAGGAGGAUGCCGAUCUGGAAGACCUGAGUAAUGUGCAAUUAUCCAUACGCGACAUUAAAUCGCAAUCGUUGGCCUCCCAGUGGCUGAGUGCGAGUAAAAUGUGCCCCGGCUCCUUUGACGUCAUUGGUAUUUUUAUUGCUUCUGAGCGUCUUGAAAUCACCAACGAGCAGAGCGAUGAAUUUAGGAAUGCGAAGAAACUCUUCUCCGAUGUCUACGACCUAUUGCUUAAGAGCAAUAGCACCUUUGGCAUCUACACCACAGACAUGGCCCAAACGGAAUAUGUAUUCCUGGCCUACUCGCUGGCCGAUAAAAAAGUGGUGUGCAAAAACUAUACCUAUGGAAACGGUGGCACAUUUUCCAACAUGGACCAUCGCAUCGUGGAGAAGCCGUUUGAAUGGGUCCAACUUGAGUGCAAUUACGACUUAGAUGAUAUCAUACCCAUAGUGGAUACCACAAGCCGCAUUAACAUUGAAGACCAAUUCCAAAAUAUAAUAUUCACGGUGCGUAAAUACCUGAUUGCCAGCGAGGUAUUUCUGCAGAAUGAAAUUGUGGAGGACACAAUGGACUUGCAGGCGUAUAUAAAGAAGAAAAAGCCCAAGGAUGACAACCUCAAGACAACAUCGGCCAGCACCAGUGCAGCGUCUACAAGCUCCGCUGGGGCUGCAUCCUCAUUGCAUCUCCUGUCCGCCCAUGACAGUUCCUCGAGGGGCGGUGUGAUACGGGCCAGCAUUGUGAUGCCGGUCAAGUGUCAACUGAACAGUCCGAACGAUGUCAAAGUUAGUGAGUUUAGCGGCACUCUACGCAUGAGCGGAAUGAUCUUCUCUCGAAUUUACUGCAACUCAAGGAACAGCAUUGGGGACGUUAAGCGUUUCAUACGCGACGACGUUCUGCGUUCGCUUGUCACACGAAUCCAGGUGUAUUGCGAUGGCCUCACCGAUCCCCAUGUCACCAACGCGGCGGUCUACAUAAGCGAACCACCGCGGCGUGUCUUCUUCAAUAUCCCAGCUGAUGCUGGCGACAAACCGUCAACGAACUCAGUUCAGUUCUCGGAGUAUCUGUUCCGCGGUGAAGCACCCACCGUUGCUGUGGCCCAGGCUAAGCAAGUUCUCGACGUUGAGCUCGAUCCGGAGGCGAUUCUCUUGGACGCCGAAAGUCUACCCGAAGACGGUCACUUCAGCAACAUGCAACGAGAUACAGAAAAUUCAGAUGAUAACCGAAAAUUAAACAGCUCGAUGCCAAAGCGAGAACUCACCCGCAAUCUGUGUAUGAUCGGAUUUGCAUUUGCUCUUUUGGUGGUGCUUGCCUCGGUGAUUCUGCAUCAUGCGAUGACUGGAUAGUAUCCAACAAGCUGCUUGGCUGGCUGCUCGGUUAUUGGUUGUUUAUUCGACUAACCAUUAUACACACACAUACACACACACACUCACUAUACGCAACCUAAUCCAUUAACAAUGUGAUGGCUUUUUUGAUAUACAUAUAUAUUAUAAACAAAAUGUGUACUCGUACUUGUAGUUGAUGAUGUGUAAAAUUGUCCCGUUAAAUAGUUGUAUUAUUAAAGCCUUGACGGGCAGCAUUUAAUACUUAUGUAAUAAACUAAAGUAAACCAAA